AAGAGCGUAGAAAAACAACAAAGACGGACAAAAACAACGUUGAAAAUCGAAUUUGUAGCUUAACAUUUAAAAUAUCAACAUACAGUGUUAUCUCUUUGUGUAUUUUUGCGUUUUUCAAUGUGAAAAGAGCAAUAACAAAUUAAAUCAAAGUCGAAUUAAAGCAAACGAAAAAUAAAAACGCAAGUGAAAGUGUGUGAAAUACGAUAUAUAAAAUUGAUAAAACAGCUGUAACAGAUUGCUAAAAUGGCAGCAUAUCAAAUGAAUUUUAACCAGGAUUUUACUUCCCUAUCGGUGCUGAGCAGCACUGGCCUGCGCCUGUACUCGAUUGGAGGCCAGGACAAGGUCGAGGAGAUCUUUGCCAAGGAGAACACAGAGCAAAUACGGAUUGUGGAACGGCUAUUCAACAGUUCGCUGGUGGUGCUGGUCACCGCACAGAAGCCCAACUGCCUGAAGAUGCUGCACUUUAAGAAGAAACAGGACAUUUGCAAUUGCUUCUAUCCGUCGGAGAUACUGUGCGUGCGCAUGAACCGGCAGCGUCUGAUUGUCUGCCUGGCGGAGAGCAUACACAUACACGAUAUACGCGACAUGAAGAUCCUGCACUCGAUUGAGAAUAUAGCGCCAAAUGAACAGGGCCUGUGCGCGCUCUCGCUCAACUCGCAUUUGGCCUUUCCCAUCUGUCAGUCCAGCGGCGAGCUGCGCAUCUUCAAUGCCCACAAACUGCGCACGGGCAUGACGAUUAAGGCGCACGACACGCCCCUUUCGGCAUUGACCUUCUCGCCCAGCGGCGCACUGCUGGCCACCGCGUCCGAGCGCGGCACUGUGAUACGCGUCUUCUGCGUAAAGAACGGCCAGCGGGUGCAGGAGUUCAGGCGCGGCGUGAAGCGCUGCGUGCGGAUCGCAUCUCUGGUAUUUGCGGCGGGCGGUGACUAUCUGUGCGCCUCCUCCAACACGGAGACGGUGCAUGUCUUCAAGAUCGAUGCGCGGGCUGUGGAGGCGGCGGAGCUGAAGGCCAUUGCUGAAGUGGCUGCCAAAUCGGACAAGGAAGCGACGACGACGACGACAACGACGACGACGGCGACGACGACAGCGACCGGGAUUGCGGAGGCAGCAGCUGAGGAGGCGCCCGCAGCCAGCUGGGGCGGCAUGUUCACCAAGGCGGUGUCCUCGCUGCUGCUGCCCGCCCAGGUGAGCGAUGUGCUGGCCCAGGAUCGCGCCUUUGCUACGGUGCAGCUGCCGCAGCCGGGCCUCAAGAACAUCUGUGCGCUGACGCGCAUCCAGAAGGAGCUGCGUCUGCUGAUUGCCUGCGAGGACGGAUUCCUUUAUAUGCACGACUUCAAUGCGGAGCGCGGUGGCGCCUGCAAACUGCUGGCGGUGCACGAUCUGCGCGGCGCCCUCGAGGAUGUCAUUGAACUGCAGCUGAGCGAAAGCGUGCUGAAGACGCAAUCAAAGACGCUGCCGGCCACACUGCCGCAGCAAUCGCUGACCAUGCUGAAGAGCUGUGCGGCCAGUGUGCUCAUCGAGAAUCCAGAUCCUGUGGCGGACAACAGCUAUGCGGCCAUACUGCGCGGCGAGCAGGCGGAUGCCAUGUCCGAUUCCGCCAAGUUUCGCAAGCUGUGCGAUGCCAUUGACACGCCCACAAAGCUGUACGAUGAGCGCCAGUUCCCGCCCGUGGCCAUUACGGCCAAGGAUUGACGACCACGUCGGCACAGCCAAAGGGACAUUGUGUUUCUGGACAAAGCACAGUGUGAUUAAAAGCGCGCGCUCUCUGCAUUUCUGAAAAUCCAAAAACUAUAUUGAAAAAUCUUUAAAAAAAAAAAAACCUACCCAAAAAAAUUUAGCAAAAUAUUUAAAGCAAUUUAACUUAGUUACCACAAAAUAAUUUUAAACAAAAAAAAAAAACACAAAAUACUCGAAAGAGAAAAAUUACAAAAAAAAAGUAUUUUAGUUUUAUGUAAUUAAUUUUUUUUCGCUCUGUAAUAUUUUUGUUUUCAACAAUUUGUAUAUAACUGAAACUGAAGUUUCUAUUUAGAAUUCCUCCGAAUAUCUCAUUCCGUAAGCUCUGCUCUCUCCCUUUCUCUAUCUCUUGCUCUCACUUCUCUUCAUACUCAAUUAUGAAAACUUUGUAUAAUAUAAAUAUUUAUUAGUAGGCGAGGAGCAACGUUUUUCUUUAAGUGUAUAAGUUAUAGUUCAAAAGAAGCUCAAAAAUCCAAAAAAAAAAACAAAACAAAAAAAAGGAAGUUGGAGAGAAAAAUAAUCAACUAAAUGUACCUUAAAAAAUGAGCAACAAGAAACGUAUUCAAUUAGCUUUGCAAGUAAAUAUUAUAUGUGUAACAAUAAAUAUUAAUAAAAUAUUGCAAAUAUUUAAAAAAAAUGAAAAAAUAA